GUGUUUUCCUCAUUAUUCCCCAGCAGAGCUAGUGUACCAAUCGACGGUGUCUCUUAAACUAAGGGGCUGGGACAAACAAUCGAGGCUUGGCAGCGUGCAGUGGGUCGGCUCCCCCGGACGCACUGAAAGGACAUGCAGGCGGAGGCGACCACCGCCGGGAACGCAACCACCGCCGGGAAUGCGAUGGCCUGCGAUCCGCCGUACGACCAGGCCCGUGUCCCCAUGGUAGUCCUCUACAGCGUCAUCUUCGUCGUGGGCUUCCCCGCCAACCUCCUCACCGUGUGGUUCACCUGGAGGCAGGUGCGGCGCAAGAACGUGCUGGGGGUCUACCUGUGCAGCCUGUCUGUGUGCGACCUGAUCUACCUGUCGACGCUGCCCCUGUGGGCGCUCUACUUCGACGGCUGCCACAAGUGGGCCUGGGGCUCCCGCACCUGCCAGGUCACCGGCUUCGUCUUCUACACCAACAUGUACAUCAGCAUCCUGCUGCUGUGCUGCGUCUCGUGCGACCGCUACGUGGCCGUGCGCUACGCCUUGGAGUCGCGCGGCCUGCGGCGCCCACGCGUUGCCGCGGGCAUCACGGCGGCCAUCGUGGCGAUGGUGAUGGCGCUGCACGUGCCCGUCUUCUUGAUACGCGAGCGCGAAAUGGAUCCCGAAGAGGACAUAAGGUGCUUCGAGCCGGAUCACGACCCCAGCGGAACGGUCACGGCCUUCAGCUACAUGCGCUUAAUAAUGGGCUUCGUGGUGCCGCUGGCGCUGCUGACCGCCUCGAACUGCGGCAUCCUGCGAGCGGUGCGCGCCAGCCACUCGCUGCAGCUCGGCCAGAAGAGACGUGUGCGGUGGCUGGCGGUCGCCGUGGUGACGCUGUUCCUGGUGGGCUUCGCGCCGUACCACCUGGUCCUGCUGGUGCGCGCCGCCGUCUCCCACUCCCAGGACAAGGCGUUGCAAUUUGCUUUCUUCAGGCGGAUCUACGCGCCGUACUACGUGUCCCUGGGCUUCUCCACCCUCAACAGCGCCUGCAACCCCCUCCUCUACGUGCUGUCCAGCGGGGACGCGCGCGAGGAGCUGUCCCUAGCGCUGCGGGGUCAGAGCGAGGUCACAAUGGGGACAGGGGGGUGUAAAGGAGAGGGGGCAACACGUCCGAUACUAUAUAGCAGUGGUUCGAGGACUCAGUGCGAGGGCGGCUCAGGAACGAGGGGGGAGAGCGUUCAGUAGGCCUAUAUGUGACGCUACUUCUCUGAAACAUCCAAAGUAUUCCUGGAGGCCUCCUAAAGCCGGACGCUACAAGCUACCGACGUGAGGGGCUUUUACAGGUAGGCUACUAUAUGUUUGACAGCUACCGUGCAACAACAUGUUCGAGUGAAUCCUAUAGGGAACGAACACUAGCGGCUCUCCGUUGACCAGGAUAAUCUCCACUUGUAGGCUCUCAGUGUGUUGUCAUGAGGAGACUCGGGGAGAGGAGAGAGAACCUUCUGGAAGAAGCAGUGAAAUACUCACCGCUAUUGAUAAUGCAUGGUGCGUUGCCUUGUAAUCAACAAUUCCUCACUUUUU